AAAACAAGGUAAAAAGAAAUUUUCACAUCUACGACUCAGAUCUCUGCUUUUUAAACAUGGCGGUAGACGAUAUUAACAUGAAGACUCGCAAAGGCAGUGAAAGAUGCAAGGAAAUAAUCAAGGACAAUUUGUUGGUCAUCUUUAUGAUCAUAGCGGUCAUAAUUGGAGUAGCCAUGGGUCUUGGACUUCGGGAGCAAGUUCCUACAUCUGACAAAAGGACCAUAUUUUAUCUGAAAUUCCCCGGAGAUUUGCUGCUGAACAUGUUAAAAAUGCUCAUCCUGCCGCUGAUCGUGUCCAGUCUCAUCAGCGCGAUGUCCGGUCUAAAGGCCCAAGCUUCCGGAAAGAUGGGACUCCGGACAGUGAUUUAUUACCUGGUCACCACAUUUUGUGCAGUGAUCCUUGGAAUCAUUCUUGUAGUGUCCAUCGAGCCGGGGUACAAGAGAAACAGUACCAUUGACAGAAGUGGGAGCGCCAAAGCGGCCGAAGGCCUACCCUCUUUGUUAGAUUUGAUCAGAAACUGCUUUCCCUCCAACCUGAUAUCGGCAUGUUUUGAAAAACAAGAAACAGUUCUUAAGUAUGAACAAAUCAAAAUUUACCCCGAAAUCAAGAACAUUACCAUGAAUUCUACGGAUAUGAAUUCGAACACGUCCAGCACAAUGAACAUGUCCACCACAAUGAACAUGUCUACCACAAUGACUAUGUCCACCACAACAGAGGCGCCACAACCAAAGAUUGUCGAUGGAGAUCUGCAGUCUAUCAGUUUAAAUACAGUAGGCGGAAUGAACGUUCUGGGAUUAGUUGUUUUCUCGCUCUUCUUUGGUGGAAUUCUCGCGAGAAUUGGUGAACAGGGAAAACCUCUGGUUGAUGUGUUUUUCUCGCUGCACAUUGUGACCAUGAAACUAAUUACACUUGUGAUUUGGUAUUCCCCAAUCGGAGUAACAUUCCUAAUUGCUUCAAAAUUGGUUUCCAUGGAGAAACCAGAAGAGAUGUUUACUCAGUUGGGCUACUACAUGUUGACGGUGUUGGUAGGACUGGCGAUCCAUGCAUUCAUUGUGUUACCUCUGGUAUACUUCAUUUUUACACGAAAGAAUCCUUAUAAAUUCAUGUACGGGAUGCUUCAAGCUUUGCUCACGGCUUGGGGCACAGCUUCAAGCUCAGCAACUCUUCCCGUCACGAUGAACUGCCUGGAGGAACGCAAUCAUGUGGACCCCCGUGUCACUAUGUUUGUGACCCCCAUUGGUGCCACAGUUAACAUGGACGGCACCGCAUUGUAUGAAGCAGUGGCGGCCAUCUUCAUUGCGCAAUAUCUCGGAGUACCGAUGGAUUUUGGGAAAGUGGUUAUCAUAAGUUUAACAGCCACGGCAGCCGCCAUUGGAGCAGCAGGAGUUCCGUCAGCUGGUUUAGUUACCAUGGCUAUAGUUCUCUCUGCAGUUGGACUUCCGGUGGAGGAAGUGAGGCUUAUCCUAGCUAUUGAUUGGUUCUUGGACCGAUUUCGGACAGCAAUAAACGUACUUGGAGAUGCCUAUGGAGCAGGAAUCGUGGAGCACCUGUCAAGCGCGGACAUAGAGGCAAUGGAUCUGGAGGUAGAAAAAGCCUCCAUAAAUGACGAGAAAUCCAACGGUGUUGUCAACGAAGCAUUCAACAUCAAAACAGCUGUCGAUACCAAAAUGUAAAGGAAACAAAAACAUUCUAUGAAAACUGUGCAAUGGUAGACUGACACCAAUUAAUAUAUUAUGUUUGCACUGUAGAGAAAUGUGUAUCUCUGACACAUGGGCUUGGUUACUUGUCAUUUGUUCUUGGAUGCUGAAAAUCCAUGUUUUAAUAAACAGAUUCCAUUCAAAUUUUAUGUGCAUCCAAAAUAAGGAUUAUUUAUCAUUUGAUUUUUUAAAAGAGGUAAUCUUUUCAAAUCAUGCCUUUACCUGAGUUUCGACUCAGAAAUUCAUCAAAAUUAAUACUUUCGUCAAGUUAGGAGACUUUCUGUCAAUAUUAAGAUUUCAAAUAAUGGGGAAUCAAGGAUAUUGAAAUAUGCCACUUCUUCAUUCAGAACUCGAAACACUCUUCAAAGAGCAAUUUUGGCGGAAUUUAAUCAUCCUCUAGAUUUACUGUACCAUAGAAUUUCGGAACUCCUCUUUUUUCGGACGAACGUGAACCUUUACAUGUAAAGAGGCUAUCGAUUUAAAAGAAUUAAUUUAGUUUAAAAAGGGAUUUUUUAGUAACAUUAACAUACUUAAACUGAAUAUAGAUUAACAAUAUUUCUGUACUGUACAUUAAUUUUAUGUAUUUUGUUCAACAUGCGUACUAUAGUAAAUCAAUAUAUACAUGUAUAUGAUUUAAUUAUUACCAUAUUUCUGUUGAAACUUUUUAUUGAUGUAUAUUUUACAGCGAAGUUGGUCUUAAAAACUGUUUACUUACUGAUCCAAGAAAUGAAAUGGUUAAAUUUAGUUGCAGUUGACUAUAGGAGCAUUUUUUAAUGUAGCCAUUUAAUGCUAUUAAGAUGGCACGCAUUUUUUUCGCUUUUAUAAAACUAGCAAGUUUGAAUCAUCUUUUCUUCAUAUAGUACUUCUACAACUUUUCUGAAUAAAAGCUGUAGUAAAA